AUGACUUUUUCACCGUCAACCCGACAAGGCCUUCUCACUCGAACAGGAGAUCGCUUGUCCACUAUUCUGAAGGAAGAGGCAAACCUCUUGGACAUGCAAUUCGACCCCUCAAUGAUGAACGACUCCGAUAUCAGAACCCUUCGACGGCGUAUUCGCAGAGCCAAGGUUGUUCUUGAAACUGAAGCAAACAAACUCGAAAUUGCUCUAGAGAACUAUGGAAGCGCUGCGGACAACUUGGACAAAGAAACACCAUCCAUAUCACAAAUCAUAUCAAGAGUGGAGGCGAAUGUGGACACAGCUCAAGGGCUCUUGGAUCAGACCCAAAAAGCUGUGACAGACCUGACAAGACUCCAACAAGAUCUCGAAGAAUCACGAAAUAACGAUACCACCACAUCGCUAGAUGUCCACGAAAUGAAACUUACACCAAUUCCUAUUCCUAAAUUCAAUGGGCAGAUCUGGGAAUGGGAAACCUUUUGGAGAUCGUUUGAACACACGGUACACUCAAGGAACAUCGACAAUUUGUUCAAAUUGAACUAUCUUCUUGAUGCGCAGUACGUAUUCGUAUUCGAACUCGUGUUCGAACUUCUGAAAGAGAAAUACGGUAACACACAGGCCUUGGUGGACCAGCUUCUACAUAAACUUACAACGACAACAGCUCGGAACGAACGGCUAGAAGAGCAGGAAACGUUGUGUGAACAACUACAUUCCAUCGUCUCACAGCUACAUCUCAAAGGAGAACAUAUAGACAACACGUUCCUGCAGAAGCAGCUUCUAGCUAAAUUCUCAGUGGACAUACAGCGACACAUCUUGCGGCAGAAAGCAUAUCAUGAGAAGGACAACACGUGGAAUACAAUGGCCCUGCUUUCAACAGCCAAGGAGUACGUCAAGUCCGAACUCAAGAUCACUCGACAAGUGGAGCAGUAUUAG